UCGAACGGAACCGCAAGUGUUUUUUUUCUCUCUGUACCUCUCAACGGGCGUUUUUCUUUCGUAGCCGUGAUGUGAACUGAUUCCUCCGCCCCCUUUUGAAAUUGUGGAACCGUGAGGAAGACUUGAACGCGUGUGAAACAAGGUGCAAGGUUAAUUUAGGUGCAGAAUCCGGAGAUUUAAACAGCUGGCGAAACAACCGGAGAAGAAAGUGACGGAACUGGUUUUUUUUUUCUGUUGAACAGUGAAUGGGUGUGUGAUAAAAAGUGUUGUAAAAAAGAGAGAAUCAAGUUGAACAGAGCCAGCCAGUGGUUUGGGGGGGUUUGGAAGAAUAGAAGUAAAAUGCGGCUCGUCACGCUGGUGGCGCUGGUUGCCACCGUCGGACUGGUGAAAUCCGACGCGGACCUGCCGGAUUUCGAUUUCGAUGGCACGAAGGGUGACGACCAGGAUGACUACUAUUACGUGAGUGAGGGGGAAGAUCAGCAAAUGCAACCGUCGCACAAAAUCCUCAACUACAACCGUACGGUCGGGGAGGAUACGGGCGGUGGAAGUGCCCCGGAGGCUGAUGAUGGUUUCCUGAUGGAGGACGACGACACCAGCUUCGAGCUGAUGGACGACGUAGACUUUGUGGAGGACGCCGAAGCUAGCAAUUUUCAGCGGAAGCAGGCCGCCAUGCGCCAGAUUAUGAUGCGGGCUUUCGCCAAUCGCGAGAUGCAGAGAAAGUUUGGCGAAGUGUUACCACUGCUGAAGGUGAUGUCCAAACAGCAGAAGGCAACACUGGCAGCGCUGAUCUCGGCCCAGGUGAACUCCCGGGACGGUCACACGAUGUCACUGGAACAGGUCAAACAGAUGUUCGGCGAUCGGCAAGAGUUAAUCCUUCCGCUGGUCUAUGAUGUGGCGAACAUGAUCCGGACGGUGGCCAAGAAGGAGAGUCUUUUGAACCAACGAUACCCGACCGAGGAGGAGCACAUUCCGGCGAAUCAGCUACUGCGGCGAAGUUUUUCCGUUCGUUCGGAACCAUCUGGUUUUAAGGUGAAUACGGUUGAGUCGGUGGAUUCCAAUCUCAAAGACGACCGACUAAUCGUCGAUGUUAAAGAAGCGGAACCGAAAGCGAUUGACGACGAAGAGCCGAAGGAAGAACCAGAAGCUCGAUCGUUGACAAAAAAUGUCCCAAUGUUUGAAGCGUUGGUCCAGUCGUUUCCUCGGUUCAAUCAGCAGCUGACCAGAUCUCGCGAGAAGGAAGAAAGUCGAAUGUCCUACCAUGAGCGGAAGCUGAAUAUGACGGCGUUUAAUUCCACCAAAAGACAGAAGGAUCAAAUUGCCAUGGCUUCGGAUGGACCGAUUCCUGUCACGUUACCGAAAGCUUCGGUGGUUCACAAUCAAAAGGUGGUCCAUUCCACGACACCGGAACCGGAAACGUCUACGCUUACCAUGGAGGAAAUCGAAGAUAUGGCCCUGUCCGGUCUCAACGGAACGGAACUGGAUGCGAUCGAGGCAAGCCAAACGAACGGCAACGGUUCGGGUCCGGUGGCGGAAAUGUUAAUCGGAGGGUUCCGGAACCGACCGAACGAUGUCAACAAGAUGCACAUGCUGCUACCGGACGAAAACUGUGACCACUUUUCCACCGGUGUGUGCAUCCGGGUGGAACACUAUCCUGCGUCCCAGAUCAUGUACAGCAUCACGCGGCACAAGAACGCGAUGGGAGCUCUGCUGGCGGAAUACAUCGAUAAAAGCAACGAGCUCGAUCGGAACGCCUUCGAACCGGAGGAAAUCGAAAACGGCUUCAACACCAAACUGACGAAACGCUCGGAUGACCCCUCGAAGUCCGGUGGUGGCAUGUGUCCGAGUAUAAUCCGAUAUGCGCGACCCCAGAAAGCCCGCUCGGCAACCGGAGAGUGGAAGUAUAUUGUGAACACCGGAGAGCACACGCAAACGUUGCGGUUGGAAAAGUGCACCACCCCGCAAGACAGUUGUACCUACCUAACGGAUAACUUCCGGUCCCGUUGCGUUCAGAUCUACAACUACCAUCGGUUGUUGAGCUGGGACACUUCCCGCGGUUUGCAUGUGGACAUUUUCAAAGUUCCGACGUGUUGUUCGUGUCACAUCGACGGCUAUCGUGAAUCUUUCCCGCCAUUGAACAACUUCAACGAGUACGAUUCGAAGAGUGAGUCGUUCGAAGAUCCGUCGCUGGCAGCCAGCAAUUUCGUGAAAAAUACUCAGUACAGUACCCUGAAGUUUGAUCACGAUGAACCGGAGAACGUGCAGGAAAAUAUUGCCUACCACUUCGCGAAUGGCUUCCAAAGGAUGAAACCGCCAAAGUUCGAAAGUAAUGCCGUACUGAUGCCGCCGAGUCCUCCGCCACCACACUUCCACAAAAAUCGAUUCGAUCGGCCCAAGAUGCACCCGAAGAAGCCGAUUCAUCCGCACUAUAUGCCAUCCCAGAUGUUGGACACCUAUCUGAGUCCACCGCCGAACGACGUCAGUUAUCACACGCCAUUCAAGAGGGGACCUCAUUUCACCAACGACAACUCACUGAAGCGUACGGUUCAGGUGCAAUCGAACCGGAACCGGCUUCCCGUUCGGAAGCAAAUCAACGUCAACGAUCAGAACAUUGCCGAAACGGACAUGCGAAUCAAUCAGGUGCAGGUGAUGCCCGCAGCAAAACCCGACCAUCUGCCACCGACACAAGCCCCGGAGAAGCAUCGUAAACGAUAUACCACCCAGCAGCCACCCACCCACAAAAAGGAAAAACCCCAUCCCUUUCGGAUACCGAAUCAGCAACCGUCCGUCCAUCCAACUUCCGUGACGCCGUUCGUUCCGGUGACCACGACGACUAGCAGCACGACUACCACGACGGCUGCGCCAACCAACGGCCAUCAGCGCAUCAACUACAAUUACCAUCCGAUCAUCGAUUUUUUCGGUGAGGACGAAAUACCCGAAAUACCCCAGGAACAAAUCGACCGGAUCGGUCUGAACAGCGGUUCGCCAUCUUCUUCCUCCUCCUUGAACAGCUGGAAACCGGUCCUGCACGGACCGGUGCCACGACCGCCGAUGCGAAUACCAGUGUGAGCGCCCGUUUCGGCGGAUUUCAAUGAAUGCAUGGACGAGAAACGCUUUCUUUCUUUUCUUCUGCAAAACAAAAGGAAGCUUCUGUGUGAAAUCUUUCCUCCCGAGGCUACUACUGCUACCGUCUUGUGCGAGCAGUUGAAAUAUUUCAUGCUGCGAUGGUGAAGUAGCCUAAAUUUAUGCUCCGGUUGCAUGUGUUGUACAUUAUUUCUCUCUACCUUGUUAUUUAUGUUUGCCGUGAAAAGAAGCAGACGGUCGGUCGGUCGGGCGAACUGCUGCUCAAAUGAAUGAAUCUUUCGUUUAUUUUUUUUUCACAUUUCUAGCCGGUAAGUAAAAUAAUGCUUAGUGUAAAGUUUUAAUAUUAUUUAUGGAAUAAAACAAAACAAAAAAACUAUUGAUGUGUAGAAUCCCGGCGUCAACAUCUCUUUCGUUUUAUGACAGAUGAAUAAAGAUCGCUGUGAAUCUAA